UAAAGCAUAAUAUCCAUCCAACCCCCGGGCCGAGUUGACACAGGCAACUCUUCUGUCUUCUUCUCGCAUGAGUUUUUGGUUCUUUUCCUCCCAAGAGCGUGCUUUCCUCUAAGAGACCAAUGCUUUCCCAGACAGUUUUCUGAUAGCAGCUAAGCUUUCAUGCACCAUUUUCUCUGGUAAUAUCGCAUAAAAAGGGGAGAGAAGCAGAAAUUAAGCUGCACGCAGUUUCUCAAUCACCAUACGAUGGGCAAUAAAAGAAGCAAGCAUAGUUCGAGAAUGAUGGCACAAUUUACAGAUUUUGGAGUAUUGGAGAAGAUGCUACAAGAUCCAUGUGCGACCCCGAUGUGCCUGCCCUUGGAUUUUCUGAAAGCUAUCACGCUUGAUUUUUCCGAGGAGAGACAACUCGGAGGAGGCGGCUUCGGUGUGGUUUACAAGGGUGUUUUCGAAAGUGGGAAGGCGAUUGCUGUGAAGAGGCUUCGAGAAAUGUACAUAGGACAUGACCAAUUCGAGAAUGAAGUUACUUAUCUUAUCGAGUUGAAGCACCAAAACAUAAUUCAGCUCAAAGGCUACUGUGCUGAAUCACGGUGGGAAGCCAGCAAAGUAAGGGAUCAAAAAGGGAAAUAUGUCAUGACGCAGAAAGGAGAACGGCUACUCUGCUUCGAGUACCUGCAUAACGGUAGCCUUGAUAAGUAUCUUUCCGAUGAAUCUAGUGGUCUCGAGUGGCACAUGAGAUACGAGAUGAUCAGGGGAAUUUGCUGUGGUUUGCAUUACCUUCACGAGGAUUGCAAUAUUGUUCAUUUGGACCUUAAACCCGAGAAUAUAUUGCUUGAUGACAAUAUGAUACCAAAAAUUGCAGAUUUUGGUAUGUCGAGACUGUUUGGCGAACGACAAACUCGAAUUUUCACUGAAGCUCCUGCGGGGACACCGGGAUACAUGGCACCAGAAUACUUAAUAGAUGGAUUGAUAUCAAAGAAAGCAGAUAUGUUCAGUUUGGGCAUUAUAAUCAUAAAGCUAAUGACGGGAUCUAGGGACUACCCCCAAAGAAAUGAUGAAGCAUCUUUGGACCAAUUUGUUCAAAAUGUGGUUGGAAAUUGGAGUAACAGGAUGAAAAACAUACCAAGGUACAUACCCUUGAAAGUAUACACUCAUCAAGUUUACACAUGCAUCAUGACAGGACUAAGAUGUGUCAAUCAUGACUCGAACAAAAGGCCUACUGUGUCGGACGUAAUUGAAGAGCUAUCUUAGAGUACCCCAAAAUUAGUUAGGAUUCACAUCUAGUAGUAAAUUGUAAUUUCUUUUGAUUUUUUCUCGAACAAGUUGUUUUGAUUUUCAAUUGUAAGUACCCAAAUUAUCCACAGUUGCACGGCGAGAUAU